UAGGCAAUCUCGUAGCCUAAACAAUUUGUAGGGUUCUGGACUCAAUUAUGGGCAUGCGUAAUGCCACUUGGUUCGAAACCUGUUUUCGAAUUCAUCGUCCAUGUUUUUCGCAAGUUUCUAAGAACGAUUUGGUAUUGAAUCGACGUCUAUGAUUUUGAGGCGAGGCUUGAUGCCACAUGCAUUAUGUUUUAGCCUGUGCCAUACCCUAUUUUGGACAUGAAAAUUCUCCUUGACAUAUUUGGGUAGGUGGAUAAAACAAAUCGGGACAAUGGAGACGUUUACCAUCCAUGAUAUGCUCAUUAACACCACCGAUAUUUAUAAAAUAUUGUGUGGACUUGGACUUAGGAACCUCUCCGAAUGUGAUCCGGAGCCUCCCCCGGAACCUAAAGACAUCAACCAGGCGGUGCGCAUCGUGCUCUACAGCAUCAUCUUCCUCAUCAGCGUCUUCGGCAACAGCCUGAUCAUCGCCGUGCUGGUGCGGAACCGCCGCAUGCGCACCGUCACCAACCUCUUCCUGCUGUCCCUGGCGGCCAGCGACCUGAUGCUCUGCCUCUUCUGCAUGCCCUUCACCCUGAUCCCCAACCUCAUGAGAGACUUUGUCUUCGGCAGUGUCAUCUGCAAGGGAGCCAUGUACUUCAUGGGCAUCUCUGUGAGCGUGUCGACGUUCAACCUGGUGGCGAUCUCGCUGGAGCGCUACAGUGCCAUCUGCAACCCGCUGACGUCGCGCGCCUGGCAGACCAAGUCGCACGCGGCCAAGGUGAUCAGCGCCACCUGGGUGCUGUCGCUGCUGCUCAUGCUGCCCUACCCCAUCUCCAGCACGCUGGUGCCCUUCACGCGCAUGGACAACAGCACCGGCAACAUGUGCCGACUCAUGUGGCACAGCGACGCCGUACAGCAGUCAUGGUAUGUGUUCCUGCUGCUGAUCCUCUUCCUGGUGCCGGGGAUCGUGAUGACGGGGGCGUACGGCCUCAUCUCGCUGGAGCUCUACCGGGGAAUCAGGUUUGACAUGGCCAGCCGCAAGGAAAACAGAGACAGGCAGAGCAGCACCGGCAGCCUGAAGUCCGGCGACAGCGACGGCUGCUACUUCCAGUCCUCCAAGAAGUCCCGCUCGGACUCCACCACCUCCCACGCCACUUCCCACGCAAACUCCCACACCACCUCCAACGCCACCCAGCAGCAGUCUGCAGCCCUGAUCACCUCUGUCAGCAGCAGCAGUAGCACCACCACCACCACCACCACCACAGGAGCACGUGGAGGAGGAGAUGGUGGAGCAAGAGGAUUUGGUGGUGAUGGUCAUGUUGGAGGUUAUGGAGGAGGAGGAGGUAGAACAAGAAGGGAAAGCAGCACUGGAGGUGGUGGUGGCUACUCAGGAGGAGGAGGAGGAGUAGGAGGAGGCGCAAGAGGAUUCAGUGGAGGUGGAGGUCCUACUGUAGGAGGGGGAGCGAACACCACCACCUCCUCCUCCACAACCAGGGCCAAGGUGAGCCGCGUGGUGAGCAGCAACCCCACGGCGAGCCUGCUGGCCAAGAAGCGCGUGAUCCGCAUGCUGCUGGUGAUCGUGGCGCUCUUCUUCCUGUGCUGGAUGCCCGUCUUCAGCGUCAACGCCUGGCGCGCCUUCCACCGCCGCUCGGCCGACCGCCUGCUCUCCGGCGCCCCCAUCUCCUUCAUCCACCUGCUGUCCUACACCUCCGCCUGCGUCAACCCCGUCAUCUACUGCUUCAUGAACAAGCGCUUCCGCCAGGGCUUCCUCGACACCUUCAGCGGCUGUUGUGGAGGCGGGGGCGGGAGAGGUGGAGGAGGAGGCGGGAGGGCUGGCGGAGGAGGUGGUGGAGGUGGAGGUGGAGGUGGAGGUGGAGGUGGGGCGGAGAAUAAUGGCCAUGUGCAGCAGAGAGGGUCGCUAACGCGAUUUAGCUACAGUAGCAUUCGCGGAUCUGCGCAGGCUUGAGAUUUCGGUAUAGUGGGUGAACAGAGGAGAUAUUAGAGCAACA